AUGGCCGUAGCAUACGCCAAGGAUCAGCCUGAGGGCUUCACCAACCGCAUCGAAAAUGUCGCGAUUGUCGGGGCAGGCGGGUCAGUUGGGAGACAUCUCAUCGACCAACUUCUCAAAAACAGCAAGCACAUCGUGACCGCCAUCACCCGCCCCAGCAGCACCAACAAAAUGCCAGAAAGCGUUCAGAUUGCUCGCGUCGAUUAUACCAGUGAUGAUGACACGGCGCUCGUGGAGGUCCUCCGUGGUCAACAAGUCCUCCUAAUCACUAUGAACGUCAUGGUCCCACCCGACACCAUGAUCAAGCUCAUCCGCGCCGCCGCUAAGGCUGGGGUGCCGUAUAUCGAGCCGAACUGGUACGGGCACGAUGCUGCCAACAACUCUCUCUGUGACGAUAGUCUUCUGUCCCCCAACCGCGACCGCGUCAUUGCCGAAAUCACGCGUCUGGGCAUCAGCUCCUAUUUGUUCCUCGUUUGCAACUUCUGGUACGAAUUUAGCUUGGGUGGUGGGCCGGAUCGAUUCGGGUUUGAUUUCAUCAACCGUAGCUUGACACUCUACGAUGGGGGCGAUGUAUUUAUUAACACGAGCACUUGGCCGCAGACAGGCCGGGCCAUUGCGAAAUUGCUAAGUCUGAAGGAACUACCCGAGGAUGAGAACGACCAGUCCCCCACCCUGUCUCAGUUUAGAAACCGAUCUGUGUAUGUGUCAAGCUUCCGAUUGACUCAACGUGAGAUGUUUGAAAGUGUCAAGCGCGUAACCAAGACCAGGGAUGCGGACUGGACUAUCACGCAGGACUCUGUUGUGGAGAGGUUCAAAGAAGGACAGGAGGGGAUGAAGGUACAUAACUGGAAUGUGUUUACUAAGAUGCUGUACAGUCGGAUGUUCUUCGCGAAUGGAGAUGGUGACUAUGAGUCUAGGCGCGGUCUGGAUAAUCAGCUACUUGGUCUUCCCGUUGAGGAUUUGGAUGAGGCUACAGCAGAGGGUAUUCGGAUGGCAGAAAACAAUGAGGUUCCAUUCUCGCAUUGA